AUGACAGAUGCUGGAGACAUCCAUGUCGCGCACAUGUCUUCGGGCCAAACCAAGGGCCCGGCUUGCUUCACCUGCUGCGAAGGUCAGCAGACUGCCAGGCUGGAUCGUGUUCCGGAAGAGCCGCUGGCCGAAGACUUCAAGUCAGACCAAGGUCUGGCCUUGGAAGAUGCCAGGCCCCUUGAACAGACGGCGCUGGGGGAAAGCCCAAGCCAGGCAUCCGGUGAUGCGUCACAGCCACGAAGAGCCCUUGUGGAGGUGCAACAGGUCCGCCCAAUUUUUGAGCAGGAGCCGGAAGACGAGGUUCCGGCACCAGCUCCAGAGGAAGACCAGGUUUCUGUCGAGUGGGUACCGAAGCCGCGAGCAUCCAUCGUGCAGGCCGUGCCAAGAAAGAGGAACUCGAUCUCCGUCGCGCCGCCUCCGCCAGUGCGUGGCUUCGUGGCGCGGAAGCUCGGAGAUCGGUACGAUUCGAGGUUCAUCAACUGCAUCCGCAGAGUUAUCACAUCACGAGCGUGGGACGUGGCUUCCAUGCUGGUGGUGCUUUGCGCGCUGUUCCUUACCGACAUCUACGGCGUGGCUCAGGCUCCUGAGAAUACGUCACUGGACAUCGUGCUGAUGGUCUGCUUCUUUUUCUUCCUGGCCGAAUUGUUAGCGAAUACGCUCACAAUCGAGUCGUACCUCGGCAGCUUCUUCUUCUGGAUGGACAUCAUAGGCACUGCCUCGAUCGUCUUUGACAUCUCGGUCUUUCUGGGCAGGGAUGUCACGCAGAGAGAGAGGUCCGGAGAGCAUUCUGUUGGAAGCGAUAACGCCGUCUUUGCUCGUGCCUCGCGGGCAGCGAAGCAAGCGGCACGUGCCGGUCGAAUGUCGCGGCUGUUGAAGCUGCUCCGCUUCCUGCCUUUCUUGCAGAACAAAGAUCAAAGUGCUCAACAGGUUGCCAACGCGGUCUCCAACAAGCUGACGGUGAUGCUCGCCACCAGGGUGGCCUUUCUGUCGGUUUGCAUCGUCAUUCUUAUUCCGCUUGCCAGCACGUUCAUGUAUCCAGAGGCAGAGGAUUCAAUGAGUGCCUGGGCAAUUCUCUUAUCCGGUGAUGUUGGAUCGUAUCUUGCGAGCCCAAGCACUGAUGCGAUGAGCAGGAUCAACGCACAGUUGGAGCAGUUUACCAGCUUCUACGUGAAUCUGCCGUACGGUCCUUUCGGGAUGUGUGUCAAAGCCACCACUUCCGCUGAAUUCGACUGUUCAGGCUCGAUGACUGGCCUGGUCUUCCAGAGCACCUUCGUUGAGCCAGCGCGUCAGUCCUCCGUGUUUGAGGUAGAGGCCGCGUACGUCCUGCUUCUCUUCUCCCUCGGUGAAGUGAGAAGGUACGAGGCGCUCUCCAACCUGUGCUGUAUGCUUGUCGUUCUUCUGGUGAUGUUCCUCGGCUGUCUCAUGAUGAGCUCCAGUGUCAACUCCGUAGUCCUCAAACCGCUGCAGCGUGUGGUCAGCGUCCUUCGAGAGCACUGCGCCGAAAUCAUGAAGAUGUCCUUCCAGAUCCGAGACAAGACUGAUACCGACAGCAAGGAGAUGCCGACACGUUUCCCGACAACGACCGAAGCAGAUGCUGAGGAAGGUGAGCUGGACCUGCUGGAGAAGGUCCUGAAAAAGAUCGUCAACAUCUGCGAGGUGGUUAUUCCGACCCGGAGGCGGGCAUCCAACCAGGAAGAGUUCGUGUUCCUGGUUGAUUACGGAGCAGAAAGCCGUGGAGGUGAACAUGUCGCAGCACCCAUCAUGCGCUUGGAGACUGCGGAUCAGAUCGAAGAUACCUCGGCUGGAAUCGACGAGGACAUGAUGCAAAUGUUGGACAACAGAGUGUUGAAUGUGUUCGAGGUAUCCCAAGAGCAGCAGCUCAAAUUAGCUUUUCAUCUGAUGGCCAACACGCGCAGUUGCCGACGAUGGGUGAGGAAGCAGGCCUUGUCGGAGAAGCUGAUGAACUUCAUUGCCGCCAUACAGAGCAGAUACCUGAAGAACCCAUUCCACAACUUCUCGCAUGGGCUGGACGUGCUUUCCGAAGCACGGCUGUAUCUACACAGCAUCAAGUCCUACACGCUCCUGUCGGAGGUGACUGUAUUCUGGUUCUUGAUAGCAGCGCUGGGGCACGACGUUGGUCACCUGGGUGUCAACAACGUGUUUCUCGUCGAGACGUCUCAUGCACUGGCAUUGAGGUACAACGACAAGUCUGUCCUUGAGAACAUGCACUGCAAGCUUUUGUUCGAGGUUCUUAGUGAAGCCAGGACGAACAUGCUGGAGGUCUUGGACAAGGCCGAUUACAAGCUUGCCAGGUCAGGCAUUGUGGAAGUCAUCCUGAGCACCGACAUGGUGCGACACGGCGAGGACGUCAAGGCCUUAUCGAUUGUGUACGCGAUGCACCAGGAGGUCUUCGAGGCGGCUGCGGAAGAUCCGAGCCAGUAUGAACCUGAACAUGCAGCAUCGGUUAUGUCAAAAAAGUUGCAAUGA